CUCAAACUCUAAGCCCAACCCGGCCCACGUAAGGGGAGACGAGUGAGAGACGCAAAAGCUCUUUGUUUUUAUCGUCCGUCGUCGUCAUCAUCAUCACCAGCGACAACGCUCUAUAGAUAAUCUUCUCCCAAUCGCCAAAUCGCGGAAAAAGUGCGCGAGUUUAUUGUCCGAGGUUCAUGAAGCUGUUGUAAAAUGGCAGUGGCAUGUGCAGCUGGGCUUAUACCACCCAUUACUAAUUCUCUGAAGGUCUGGGAAGACCCAACCUUUUUCAAGUGGAGAAAACGUGAACCGCACGUGCCGCUUCACUCUCACGAUUCAGUCGAAGGAUCUCUCAGAUAUUGGUAUGAGCGAAGCAAGGCAGACUUUCUGAUUUCUAAUUCAGCCGUGUGGAAUGAUGAUGCUGUUUCUGGUUCUCUUGAGAGUGCUGCUUUUUGGGUCGAAGGCUUACCUUUUGUAAAGUCUCUUAGCGGUUAUUGGAACUUCAUUUUUGCGUCAAGUCCUGCAAAUGUUCCGGAGAACUUUCAUGAUAUUGCCUUUGAUGAUUCAGCUUGGGAGAAGUUGCCAGUUCCUUCAAACUGGCAGAUGCAUGGAUAUGAUCGUCCUAUUUAUACAAAUACUAUAUAUCCCUUUCCUCUUAACCCACCAUAUGUUCCCUGCAACAAUCCCACUGGCUGUUAUAGAAAAUAUUUUCACCUACCUAAGGAGUGGAAAGGUCGUCGAAUCUUACUGCAUUUUGAGGCUGUUGAUUCUGCAUUUUUUGCUUGGAUAAAUGGAGUCCUCAUUGGAUACAGUCAGGAUAGCAGGCUUCCUGCCGAAUUUGAAAUUACCGAGUUAUGUCAUCCUUCUGAUUCAGACAAAGAAAAUGUUCUUGCUGUUCAAGUUCUGAGAUGGAGUGAUGGCUCUUAUUUAGAAGAUCAAGACCAUUGGUGGUUAUCUGGCAUUCACCGAGAUGUGCUUCUUAUAGCAAAGCCCAAGGUGUUCAUAGUAGAUUAUUUUUUCAGAUCAAACUUGGAGCAGGAUUUUCUCACAGCAGAUCUCCAGGUUGAAGUUACAAUUGAUACUCCGAAGGAAUAUUCUGGAGACAUUUCCAGCUUCACCAUGGAGGCAACAUUAUAUGAUAACGCUGGAUGGUACUCCUUUGGGGAUAAUGAAGGGAAGAUGGAUAUGGCAUCCUAUGCUGUGACUCAUAUGAAACGAAGUUCACCACCAGCUGGACGUCUUGGAUUCCAUGGGUACCAAUUUGAAGGAAAACUAGACAAUCCAAAACUUUGGUCGAGUGAACACCCGAAUCUAUACACUCUUGUCCUCAUCCUCAAAGAUGCAUCUGGCAAGCUUGUUGACUGUGAAUCAUGCCAAGUAGGUAUUCGCAAAAUAUCUCGAGCUCCAAAACAGAUGCUUGUCAACGGACAGCCUGUAGUAAUAAGAGGUGUCAAUCGAAUUUUGGAAGCAUGCAUGAUUAAGGAUUUGGUUCUGAUGAAACAGAACAAUGUAAAUGCUGUCAGAAACAGCCAUUACCCCCAGCACCCACGGUGGUACGAGUUAUGUGACCUGUUUGGCUUCUACAUGAUAGAUGAAGCCAAUAUUGAAUCACACGGAUUCGAUGAUUCUAGUCAUUUCAAGCAUCCAACUUCAGAACCAUGUUGGGCGGGAUCUAUGCUUGAUCGUGUUAUUGGCAUGGUGGAGAGGGACAAGAAUCACGCCUGUAUUAUUUCAUGGUCUUUGGGAAAUGAAUCUGGAUAUGGACCUAAUCAUUCUGCUCUUGCCGGUUGGAUUCGAGGAAAGGAUCCCUCCAGGUUUCUGCAUUAUGAAGGUGGUGGGUCCAGAACUUCAUCCACUGAUAUCAUAUGCCCCAUGUACAUGCGUGUAUGGGACAUCUUGAAAAUUGCUAAAGAUGAGAGUGAAAGUAGACCUCUGAUUUUAUGCGAGUAUUCUCAUGCAAUGGGGAAUAGUAAUGGAAACAUUCACAAGUACUGGGAAGCUAUUGAUAGCACAUUUGGACUUCAAGGAGGUUUUAUUUGGGAUUGGGUUGAUCAGGGUUUGCUAAAGGCGGCCAAAGAUGGCUAUAAAUAUUGGGCCUAUGGGGGUGAUUUUGGUGAUACUCCAAAUGACUUGAACUUCUGUAUAAAUGGACUUAUAUGGCCAGAUAGAACACCUCAUCCAGCUCUACACGAAGUCAAAUAUGUUUACCAACCUCUCAAGAUUUCCUUGGCAGAAGGCAAAGUUAAGAUUAUUAAUGCACAAUAUUUUGAAGCAACAAAUGGAAUAGAAUUCAGUUGGCUUCUCGGUGGAGAUGGAUGUAAUCUUGGAUCUGGGUUGCUGAAUCUCCCGAUAAUUGAACCACAAGAUAGUUAUGAAUUUGAACUUGACUCAUCUCCUUGGCAUUCUCUAUGGGAAUCAUGCCAAGUAACAGAAAUAUUUUUAACAAUUAUCGCAAAACUUAGGCACUCGACACGAUGGGCAAAAGAUGGUCACAUCCUUGCUUCAGUUCAACUCCAUCUUCCUACCAAGAGAAAACCUAUUCCUCGUGUCGUUAAUUUCAAACCUCAUCCUGCUCUUUUUCCCGAGUGUGUUGGUGAUACUAUAACAAUUAGCAAGGAAAGUUUUUGGGAGAUCAGAAUUAAUACGCGCACUGGGACAAUUGAGAAUUGGAAGGUGGAAGGAUGUUUACUAACAAACCAUGAUAUACUUCCCUGCUUCUGGCGAGCACCUACCGAUAACGACAAAGGAGGCGGCCAAAAUAGCUACGCCUCUAAAUGGAAAGCUUCUUUUCUUGACACUCUCACAUUUCGCACUGAAAAUUGCUCCAUAAAACAAGUAACAGAUAAUUGUGUGCACAUUACAACAGUUUAUACUGGCCAUUUGAAUGUUAACGUGGGUUAUUGGAUAUAUGGUUCUGGUGAUGUGAUCAUUGAAUAUAAUAUAAACCCGAAAAGAGAUCUUCCUCCUCUUCCUCGUGUUGGAGUUGAGCUCCACCUUGACAAGUCUUUAAAUAAUGUUACUUGGUACGGGAAGGGGCCAUUUGAGUGUUACCCAGAUCGAAAAGAAGCUGCUCAUGUUGGUGUAUAUGAAAGUAAUGUAGAGGAUAUGCAUGUGCCAUACAUAGUUCCUAGUGAAUGUGGAGGUCGAGCAGAUGUAAGAUGGGUUGCAUUCAGAAAUGGAGGAGGACACGGUUUGUUUGCUUCUAUUUAUGGUACUUCUCCACCGAUGCAAAUGAGUGCGAGUUAUUAUGGUACUGCAGAGCUCGAUAGAGCUACUCACAACCAUGAACUUUGCAAAGGAGACGACAUUGAGGUGCAUCUAGAUCACAAGCAUAUGGGCGUCGGGGGAGAUGAUAGUUGGUCACCUUGCGUCCACGAUCAGUACCUCGUGCCUCCAGUUCCUUACUCUUUUUCAGUAAGAUUAUGUCCUCUCUAUCCAUCAACUUCAUGCAAUGGUCUCUACAGAUCUCAGCUCCCACAGUAACAUAUGUCCUUCAGAUAUCAACAGUUCAAAGAUACAUUUGUGGGCAAUUAAGUAAGUACAAAAGGAAAUCAAUAAGCAUUUACUGACUAAUUGUCAAUAAAAGUGUUUGGUUUGAUGUGGUGGCAAUAAUUUCAAUAAUUAUCUGAUUCUGUUCUUGUUCUAUUUCGGUGUGCACUCUGACAGUGUGUUUAUUCUCUGAAUAUAUUGAUUUUCUGUGUUCUGUUAUGGAUAUUUUCAUGAAUGAUGAAGCUAAAUUCCUCGUGUCAAAUAUUUGAUUA